CCGCAUGCGCGCCGCGGGCCCGCACUAGGCCGCGGUUCCCGUUGUCGCCGCCGCCGCCGGGCCGCGCUCCGCUCCCCGGGCGCCGCCGCCGCCGCCCGCCGCCGCGAUGAUGAUGAUGGCGCUGAGCAAGACCUUCGGGCAGAAGCCCGUCAAGUUCCAGCUGGAGGAGGACGGCGAGUUCUACAUGAUCGGCUCCGAGGUGGGAAAUUACUUGCGCAUGUUUCGGGGUUCCCUGUACAAGAGGUACCCCUCGCUCUGGAGGCGCCUGGCCACGGUGGAAGAAAGGAAGAAGAUUGUGGCCUCUUCACAUGAAAAUCAGCGGUCUCACAGUCCCCGAAGAUAUCAUGGCUAUACAACAUUAGCCACUAGUGUGACGCUGCUGAAGGCCUCUGAAGUGGAAGAGAUCUUGGAUGGAAAUGAUGAGAAGUACAAGGCAGUGUCUAUCAGCACAGAACCUCCAACCUACCUCAGAGAACAGAAAGCAAAGAGGAACAACCAGUGGGUGCCAACCCUGCCCAACAGCUCUCAUCACCUGGAUGCAGUGCCGUGCUCAACAACCAUCAACAGGAACCGCAUGGGCAGGGAUAAGAAGAGAACAUUCCCUCUGUGCUUUGAUGACCAUGACCCAGCAGUGAUCCAUGAGAAUGCAUCCCAGCCAGAGGUUCUGGUUCCAAUCAGGCUUGAUAUGGAAAUUGAUGGGCAGAAACUCCGCGAUGCAUUUACGUGGAACAUGAAUGAAAAGCUGAUGACCCCUGAAAUGUUCUCCGAGAUUCUUUGUGAUGACCUGGAUUUGAAUCCUCUGACCUUUGUCCCUGCUAUUGCAUCUGCCAUCCGGCAGCAGAUCGAGUCGUACCCGACUGACAGCAUCCUGGAAGAUCAGUCAGACCAACGAGUUAUUAUCAAGCUGAACAUCCAUGUAGGAAACAUCUCCCUGGUAGACCAGUUUGAGUGGGAUAUGUCAGAGAAGGAGAACUCACCAGAGAAGUUUGCCUUGAAGCUGUGCUCAGAGCUUGGCCUGGGUGGGGAGUUUGUCACUACCAUUGCGUACAGCAUCCGGGGACAGCUGAGCUGGCACCAGAAGACCUAUGCCUUCAGCGAGAACCCUUUGCCGACUGUGGAGAUCGCAAUUCGCAACACGGGGGACGCUGACCAGUGGUGCCCUCUCCUGGAAACCCUCACAGACGCUGAGAUGGAGAAGAAGAUCAGAGACCAGGACAGAAACACAAGGCGCAUGAGACGUUUGGCCAAUACUGCUCCAGCCUGGUAACCUUCCUGUUGUGACACUGGUGCUCUCCCUACAGACUUUAUCCCUAUUCCUCUCCCCAAAUGGUUCUAGAAUUGGCAGGGGUCUUUCUGUCUCUGAAGGGGACACACAUUCCACUUGCCACGAGUUCCCAGUACUGCUGACUUCUGCCCCCACCCCCUCCAGCCCAAUGCCACGUACCAAGAGCGCUGUGUGGGCAGCGUGACCCAGCUGACACCUGUGGCAGGUGUUGGAGCCCUUAUAUACCUUAUAAUGUGUGGACAGUGUAAAGAUUCUUUUGUAUAGGUGCAAUGUGCACUAUUAGGACAACUUUUUAAAUAAAAGGAAUGCAUACAACGUA